GCGAGACACAGCUCUCUCGCAAUGGAGAAACGGUACACGGUGUACAAACAGGGUCAGGUCAGUCUUCCAUCCGGCUGAGAGUCGAGAGUCGUGCAGGUCCGGAGGCAAUGCAGGGCAGGCGCCAGGACUGGUGCGCCUGCCGCUCUAGGGAUGCUAUAUGUGAAGAAAGAAAAUGACAGCGAAAGGACUGACCUGAUGAACAACCCCCAUUGCCAUGUAUAGAUGACCUACUAUUACGGUAGCCAGCUCGAAAACCCAUACUGUGGUGGCAAGACGCCGACGGACAAUGACAUGGUCGUUGCCGUACCAAAAGGCUCGCCCGCCAAGUGUGGCGACAAGGUGCAUCUGCACUACAAUGGCAAGAUGGUCGAGGCCACGGUCGUCGACCGUUGCGGCGGCUGCAAAAACAAGUACUCAGUCGAUGCGACUAAGGGCGUCUUCAAGAAGCUCGCCGCGCUCGACGUCGGUGUCCUGAACCCGAUCCACAUGCGUGUGCUGGGGCAGUAGAUGCCUUUUGAACGCGCGAAACAUCUGAUCAUAGGGCCCCAUGGCGAGCCACUUGUGUGGCGCGCCAGCACCCCGGCACGCAUCCACACACCCAUCCAAUAGACCCGCAGAUUCUUAUCACUUACGUUAAGGGUAUUACGUCACUGUCUCUGCCACUCGCUCCGUGCGGCACCACGCUCACAACGCUCA